AACCCCACCUCCUUCCCCGGACAGCGGGCCUGGAGCCGAGUCUGGGACCGUGGGGCGAAGUUGAGGGGGAGGUCCACGGGAACUUCAGUAUUUCUCCGGGCCGGGGCUGGCGUUCCGAAGCAGCUAGCGUACAGCACCACCCAGGAGCCCCUAAAGGUAGGACGGGCAGUCGCUGACGAGACAGCGUUCGGAAGCAGCUCGUCCUCUCUGGGUUGCCGUAGGCGAGGGAAGGGGUGACCACGUGACCCAGGACUGCGCCAUGGCAGGCUCUAGGCCGUUGUCCCGCUUCUGGGAAUGGGGUAAGAACAUCGUCUGUGUGGGGAGAAACUAUGCGGACCACGUCCGGGAGAUGGGCAGCACAGUGCUCCGAGAGCCCGUUAUCUUCCUGAAGCCAUCCACCGCGUACGCGCCCGAGGGCACGCCGGUGCUGGUACCCUCCUACUGCCGCGUCCUGCAUCACGAGCUGGAGCUGGGUGUGAUUAUGGGCCGGCGCGCCCGCGCUGUCCCGGAGGCCGCCGCCACGGACUAUGUGGCCGGGUACGCCCUAUGUCUGGACAUGACCGCCAGGGACGUGCAGGACGAGUGCAAGAAAAAAGGACUGCCCUGGACCCUGGCCAAAAGCUUCACGUCGUCCUGCCCGGUCAGCGCCUUCGUACCCAAAGAGAAGAUCCCUGACCCUCACGCCCUGAGACUGUGGCUCAAGGUCAAUGGCGAACUCAGGCAGGAGGGCGAGACAUCCUCUAUGAUCUUUUCCAUCCCCUACAUCAUCAGCUAUGUUUCUAAGAUAAUAACCUUGGAAGAAGGAGACCUUAUCUUGACAGGGUCGCCAAAGGGAGUUGGGCCAGUUAAAGAAAACGAUGAGAUGGAGGCUGGCAUAGACGGGGUGAUCAGUAUGAGGUUUAAGGUGGAAAGUCAGAAUAUUGAGUCAGUACAAGAUGCCCUGACUUCUUAAAUGUCAAGAGAGAAGGGAGCAAGACAGAAGCAUGCAGAGGUUAUUAAAUAUGACAAUCUUUCAGUAGAAAACACUUGUACAGAAUGAUUUGAUUGAAUUGUUAAUCUUCAAUCACGGAAAAUAGACCCUUCAGGAAAAACAUGUUCUGGAAGAGCUGGGACAGAAAUGGGAACAACCAAAACAAAGGAUUUGUGAUGCAUCCUAGGAAGAGAAUGUAUGGAACCAAACCUUCAAAGUUUUAAGUUUUCUUCUCUAAAACUGAACUGAGAGUUUUUAGUGAGUUAUUCUGGGAUCAGUGGUUCAAGACAAAUCUCCAAAGGAAACUAAAAGUUAUGUUCUAUGUCAGUGUUUUCCAAAUUUCCUUGGACUUGAUAGUCAUCUAGGGAUAUUUAUAAAAAUAAAUUCCAAAUUACUGGCCCAUCCUAGACCCAUUAAAUUAAUGGGAUUAAUUUCAGGAAAAUAGGGAAAAACACUACAUAAUCAGUUCAAGUUUUGUUAAAUGAACAGUUGGUUUAAGGCCUUUCCUGGUUACUUAAGAGUAUCUGUCCUGGCCUGUAUAUUGAAUUUGGGAGAUGAUUUUGAAUAUAUUAUUUUCCAAAUAAAUAGCUUCCUUUUGUGUGUCUUAAAA